AUGGGUGUCGGUACUUUCUUUCACUACUUCGGCACAGUACUGCUGCUUUGCGCCACAGCACUUCUGAUCGUUGUGUCGGUCACGGCGCCUGUCGUCAAUGACCUCUCCAUCUUGAAGGUCGACUUUUCUCGCAACGCUGUAGACAGAAUAACGUACGGCACAUUUGGAUAUUGUAUUAUCCACUCAAAUGGACCGGAUACCUGCACCUCUUCUCACGUUGGCUACGAUGCCACCGCCGCCCUGGCUCAGGUCACUCAGGUCUCGUUCUCCAAGGGCGACCGUGAUAGCGCCAAGGUUCUUACGAGGGUACUGAUUCUGCACCCCAUCGCCGCCGGCCUCUCCUUUUUGGCCUUCUUGCUCUGCCUCGGCACCAGCUUCCUCGGCUCUUUUGUCGCCUCUCUCUUUUCCUUCCUGGCCUUCGUCGUUACCCUCGUCGCCAUGGCCUGUGACUUUGCUGCUUUUGGCAUCAUCAAGCACGCUGUCAACUCUCGCGGUCCUAACAACGUCGUCGCUCGAUGGGGUCCUACCGUCUGGUGCAUUCUCGUCGCUGCCGUCUUGGACUUGAUCGCCACUGUUCUGGUCUUCAUUACCUGCUGUGCUGGUCGCUCCAAGAAGCGUCACGCUCACCGCAGCAAGGCUGGUGACUACUAA